AUGGAGAUCGGACUAUUGACAGCAUAUGCUGCCUUGGGUAUCAUGGCAAUAGUGCCGAUAUACUUUGGUUCAUUUGCCUCGGUCAAGUGGCCUAAGAAAAUCAAACAAAAACAAGACCCCGGUCGUGAUGCAGAUUCUUCUUCAGAGGAGGAAUCAGCAUCUGAAUCUCUAUCAACUGAAGACGCUUACCUCUUUCCUAUCUUUGGUUCAGUUGUGUUAUUUUCUUUAUAUUUAAUAUUUAAAUUAUUGGAUAAGGAAUAUGUAGAUUACCUUGUGACUGCAUACUUUUCUUUUUUGGGUGUAGUUGCUGUAACUAAUGUUGGAGUUCAGGUUAUAAAAAAUGUUGGCAAAUUUAAAUUUGACGCUUAUAAACUUGCAUUAACCAAAAAAGCUAAAGAACUUUACACUGCCAACUUCACUGUUAUACAUCUCGUGUCGCUUUUCUUUUCCAUUAUACUUACCGCUUUUUAUGUGGCCACUAAAAAUUGGGUUGCUUCAAAUAUUUUUGGACUUGCUUUUGCUUUUAACGCAAUUCAGAUGUUAUCAUUGGAUUCUUUCAAAACUGGCAUGAUUCUUCUUGGCGGUUUAUUCUUCUAUGAUAUAUUUUGGGUAUUUGGUACUGAAGUUAUGGUCACUGUGGCAAAGAGUUUUGACGCUCCAAUUAAAGUUGUAUGGCCAAAACAGUGGACCACAUUACAACCUGAUGAGGCUUUGCAAUUCACAAUGCUUGGUUUGGGUGAUAUUGUUGUUCCUGGUAUUUAUGUUGCCCUAUGUCUUCGCUUCGAUCAUAGCAAUUACAUAAAAAAGAACCCUAAUGCGAGUAGAUACUCUACUUUUCCUACUCCUUAUUUUCGGAACUGUUUUACUGCAUACAUACUGGGACUUGUUACAACAAUAAUAGUCAUGCACACAUUUAAAGCUGCUCAACCCGCAUUGCUUUAUCUUUCUCCUGCAUGUAUAUUAUCUGUUCUUAUUACUGGGAUCAUGAAAGAUCAAUUAAAAGAUGUUUUUAGUUAUUCUGCUGAUGAUAAAAAAGAUGAAAAGAAAAAGAAAAACAUAGAUCAUACUAAGAAGCAAGUAUCAAGUGAAAGUGAGGGUGAAGAAGGAAAUUUCAAGAAACGCAAUAUCCAGGGUGAUGACGACAAUUCUGGAAUAAGCGCUGUCCUUACCGCAGAAGCAGAAGAAGAAGAUUAUGUUGAAGUAUCAUCCACGUCUUCAACAAGCGGUAUUAAAAAUAAGAAAAAUAAGAAAAAGGCUUCUAAAAAGAAAACGGGUUAA